AUGCCUUUAGUAAUGAAUACAGUUAGUAAUAUGUUCAGUCGUAAAAAUAAAACAAAAACAUCGAAACGAGCACCACGUCAAGCUCCAGCAAGUACAAGUCUUCGAUGUUAUCCAUUGCGACUUGGUCCUGGUGUUGAAUUAAUUUCAACAAUUCAUGAAUUAAUGGAAGAUAUUGGUGUUCAAUCAUUAUUUAUUUUAAGUUGUAUUGGAACAUUAUCACAAUGUACAUUAAAUUCUCGUCAAUUAAAUAAAAAAGAAUAUGAUAUUAUUUCACUUAGUGGAACAUUUGAUAGUGAAUCUCAUAAUUUAAUGGGAUCAUUUGCUGAUCCACAAACAGGUGCAUUAAUUGGUGGACGAGUUCAUUCUUUAACUAUUCAUUCAACAUGUGAAUUAAUGUUAGCUGAACCACUUGAUUGUAUAUUUUCUCGAGCAUUUGAUGCUCGGACUGGAGAAAAUGAACUUGUUGUUAGAAGAAAACUUUUAACUGAUCCAUAG